AUGAAGAUUUACAACGAUAUUCUCACCGGUGACGAGAUCAUCUCCGACUCGUACGACCUCAAGGAGAUCGAUGGCAUCGUCUACGAGGCCGACUGCGCCAUGAUCACGGAGGAGGCCGUCAACGUCGACACCGGCGCCAACGCCUCCGCCGAGGGCGGCGACGACGAGGCCCUCGAGGACACGGCCGUCAAGGUCAACAACAUUGUCCACUCCUUCCGUCUCCAGUCCACCCAGUUCGACAAGAAGGGCUACCUGGCCUACCUCAAGGGCUACCUCAAGGCUGUCAAGGCCGCCCUCCAGGAGAAGGGUGCUGAUGCCGAGACCAUCACUGCCUUCGAGAAGGGCGCCCAGACCUACGUCAAGGAGAAGCUCCUGCCCAACUUCAAGGAUCUCGAGUUCUACACUGGCGAGUCCAUGAACCCCGAUGGCCUCGUCGUCCUCCUCAACUACCGCGAGGAUGGUGUCACCCCCUACGUCAUCGUCUGGAAGCACGGCUGCAAGGAGACCAAGGUCUAA